AUGGCAGAUUAUCGAGACCAAGUCAAAGGCGUAGAAGGCGAAACUCAAAUGGAAGUAUCUGGGCCGGCUGAUGCGUCGGGGGACGCAGUGGAAGCAACCACUGUUUCAGAACCAUCCAGCAGCACCGGCUCUGCCUCUUCGCGCCCUCCUUCGACAACGGACGCAGAGACUUCAUCUCAUCCACAGCCACGCGGUGCAUCGGAUCCUUCAGAUUUUACCGUGUGCGGAGCCACCAUUUUCAGGCUACCGACCAUAGAAACUCUCGACGCCGAUGGACACCCUUUUCCAGCUGGCAUUGACGGAUCACUGUGGCAAUUGGGUCAAGAUACCGAGUCCUGCGGACACAUGCUCUUUGCUCGAUUAUGGACCAACGCAAAGGUCGCUGCUGCAAAUGAGGUCGCGUUACAACUAGAAAAGGCCAAACGAGGCUGUCAAUCUGAUCCGAAAUCUGACAAGGCUGCACUACCGUAA